AUGGAUAAAGAUCAGGUGGCUGAGACUAACUUUACACCGACCCCGAACUAUCACAAAAGAAUGGCACAUGUGCUCCUUACCGGUGGCAGCGGCUUCAUAGCUAUGCACAUAAUCAAGGUGCUACUGGAGCAAGACCACUCAGUAAUCACAACUGUACGAAAGCAGGCCAAGGUAGAUAUAAUCAGUAAAUCAUUCUCUGGAUAUUCGCCCGAUAAGUUGGGCUUUGUCUUCGUCCCCGACGUUGGACAACUUGGGGCCUUUGACGAGGCCGUCCAGUCUGACCCCCCUUUCGACGCAGUCAUACAAACUGCGAGCCCCGUGACAUACGAAGUCAAAAACAUCCAGGCAGACUUGAUCAACCAAGCUGUUAAUGGGACCACCAACAUUCUUCAAGCUAUCAAGGCGGGGGCUCCGACGGUCAAGCAGCGCUUAUACCCAUACAAACAAAUCAAAUAUGAACCUCAUAUUUGA